CAUUUGCAUAUGUUCACCCAGCAUGCAUUGCACGCCAGGCUGUUAGCUUCACACACUGCUGGGGCUUGUUAGAUCACACACUGCAGCUGCAGGGCCUGAUUCAGGAACAACACUUCUCUUACUAUAAACCAUGAAUCUAGAUGCAGAGAGAGAGAAAAUCCAGAAAGAGAUUGAGGAACUGGAGAGAAGUUUGGGAUCUAAUGUUGCAACUAUAGAGGUUGCAGUGUCUGACUGUAGCCUGGAUACUGAUGAUGAUGAUUUAGAAGAUCUUCAACAGAAAGCUGCUGACUGGGACGAUACUGCCAGCGAAAACACAUCCUGUGACAAACUGGAAAUCUGUCUUCAGAUGAAUCUGGUGUAUCAAGCCAUAAUCGAAGAGAAAAUUCAGGAGGUGGAGCUGUUAAUUGCACAAAAUAAAGAACAACAAGUAAGGCAAAAAACAACAUAUGGAGGUGCAAAUAUUCUGGAAGAGAUGAUGUGGGAACUUUCUGGCAGAAAAGGACACAGAACUGGAAAGCAAAAACUGUACCCCCUGAACCUUUCUAUUGGGCAUUUCAUCAAGCCAUACUUUAAGGAUAAAGUCACAGGAGUGGGACCUCCAGCCAACCAGGAUACCAGAGAAAAAGCUGCCCAAGGAAUAAAGGCGUUUGAAGAACUGGCCAAUAGAAAGUGGAGAAGCAGAGAUAACGAGGAGCUGAAAACCGCAGUGAUCAGCGACUACUUACAGCGAAAACUCCAACCCAAACUGUUCAAGGUGGAAUAUCUGAACCAGAAACUAGUAGAUUCCAAAGAUGAAAUGGCCAAGAAGAUAUUGACAAAACAGAUUCAAGAAACGGAGACUGAAAUAGAAGACAUCAACCAUCUUCCAGAGGAAUCUUUGUUGGGGGAAAGAUUAACCGAUCACGACUGGGACAAAAUAUCCAAAAUCAACUUUGAAGGCGUUCACAGUGCAGAAAAAUUGAAGAUGAUUUGGCAGAACCGUGAGCAUCCACACAUAAGCAAGGUGGAGUGGGCAGAGGAAGAGAUUGAUAAACUGCAGAAAAUUUCUUUGAAACAUAACUACGUCAACUGGCAAGCAAUCGCUGAUGAGCUAGGGACCAACCGUACCGCAUUCCAGUGUCUACAGAAAUUCCAGCAACACAAUAAAGAGUUCAAGAAGAAGGAGUUUACCAAGGAUGAAGAUGAAAUGCUGACACAUUUAGUCCAGCAAAUGCGUGUCGGGAACCACAUACCCUACCAGAAAAUAUCCUACUUCAUGGAAGGCAGAGACGGCAUGCAGCUCCUUUAUCGGUGGUCGAAAAGUCUAGAUCCCAACCUCAAGAGAGGCUUUUGGUCUCCAAGUGAAGAUGAGAUGUUGCUGAAAGCUGUUGCUAAAUAUGGGGAGAAGGAGUGGUAUAAAAUCCGCCUGGAGGUGCCUGGGAGGAGCGAUAUGCAGUGCCGGGAGAGGUACAAAAAAGGACUCCAUGCAGAUUUAAAAAAAGGCAAAUGGAGCUUUGAAGAACAUAAAAAAUUUCUCGAACUUGUGGAAAAGUAUGGUGUUGGUCGUUGGACAAAGAUAGCCUCAGAAUUAACUCAUCGGACUGGCUCCCAGUGUCUGAGCAAAUGGAAACUCAUAAUGGGUCUUAAGAAGCCAUACAGAAAACGGCAACGGAAGAAGAAGGCUCAUAAGUUAAUACCAAUCAGAAAAAUCAAGAAGGAGUACUCUAGUGAAGACUCAACCAUUAGUGAAGAGUCAGAAGAUAUGGAGAUGGACUUUGAUUCUGAGGAGGAGAAGAAAGUUCCCAAAUUUAAGGUUGAUGAUAAGUUUAUAAUACCCAGCAUUGAUGAGUGGAUCCCCAAAAGGCAGAACGCAGAUGACCAAGGAUAUAGUUUUCUCAAGAGUCCAACAUUGCCUUCCUUCAUCACCAAUCUCUCAAGGUUGAAAAAAAAGAAGGGGGAAUUUCAAUUCAAUACUAUGCUGAAGGGCAUUGCAUACCCCCACUCCACAGACAUAAGGAUUGAAGACCCUGAGAAGAUGCUUCAAGAGGCAAAAGAAAAUUGUCGGCACUUAUUGCAGAUUGAGGAAGGUGAUGUCAGGAAAGUGCUUAAAAGGAAUACAAAAGUCAGAUUAGAGAAGCAGUUACAAACAACUAGACACAAACAGCCUAAAGCCUUAAAGACAAUCAAAACUCUGGAGCAUCUUGUGGAGAAUCUACCAAUCAAGAAGGAACAGCAGCCCAAAAAAGUCUCUCUCUACAAGGAUUCAGUGGACAGAAAACUGCUUUUAGCAGUGACCCCCUGGGUGGGCAAUGUGUUCCUGCCCAUCUCAACAACCAGUAGAAGAACAUUUAGAAAAGAAACACAAGCUGAUGCUAUAAGAAAGACUCUCUCUUCUGUGAAUUUCACAAGCACCCCUGUGUUCACUUUCUUUAUCCAGUUCUUUCGGCUUGAUGCAGAUGGCUGUCUUCAAAUGAUUCAGAAGCGACGACCUAAACAGCCUAAUCUCCAAACUUUUAAGAAGUUAACUUAUAUACAGCCUAGUACUUCAGCUAAUUUUGUAAUGAUUGCACCACAGAAGACCCAGAAUAUUCAGAGACCAGUUAUUAUUAACACUAGGGACCAAGUAAACGUUCACACUCCCAUUCAGAAGCCAAAGACUGUAGCUGAGCUACUACGAGAGAAGAGGAUGAGGGAGUCCAAGGCAAAGAAAUCUACUGGAAGAAUACCAGGCUCUUCUCAGAGAAUAAUAGUUCUGCAACCGCAAUCCAGUGUGCCAAGCUCCCAGAAGCCUUUGGUCAUGCCCAUUUCAUCAUUUCCCUUGAUACAACUCCCCACAAGUCAGCAAAUGUCAACCAAGAACAGACUUCUUCUUAGCAAACCGCCUGGGUCUGGUGACUCUGGGUCUUUAAAUGACUCUGGUGCACAGAAUGUUAAUUUGUUACAUCAGGUAAAUACUGUGGGUGCUACAAACAAUGAAACAUUGAGAACUCCAAAUAAUAACAUGCUUACAAAUAAUAAUGUGACAGCUACAAAUUCUCAAUUCCUUUUCCAGAGUUUACCUGCUAAUCCAGGUUCGAUAAAAUUAAUGCCUACAGUGCUAAGUCCUGCCAGGACACCUAAUGUACAAAACAGCAAUGUCAUACCCUUUAGCUGGGUUGUUACCCCUGGUGGUCAGGUUUCAAUACCCAUACAAGCUUUUCGAUUUCCUAAUCAGAAUCCACAAGUUCCACUGCAAAGCACACAGGGUUCCUCUGUUUCAAUUCCCAUCUCUGAGAGUGGGACAAAAUUAGAACCUACAGUUGAACUAUCACCAUUGAAAACAAAUGCUCUAGAUGCCCCCAAUGGAAACUGUUCUCCUCUGCUUAAACAAUCAGUCUCUUCUAGUAGUUCAGAUAAUGAAAAGUAUUCUACGUCUGUGCUGAGCUCUCCAAAUACAGAUAAGUUAUCAAUCUCUUCCUUUGCACUACAAAGCACAUUUUCCUCUCCAGCUUCUUCUGCAGUUUUACAUUCAAAUUCUCUGACAUCAACACCUGCCACUUCUUCUGUUGAUGCGGAAAGUUGCAUCCAGGCUGUUCCAAGCCAGUCUUCUUCACUGGACAUCCAACAAUACCCUGUAGUUAAAAUAUCUCAAGUUCUUCCAACGGAUCAUUCAAGUCUGUCUAACAACGUGUUCAAAUUGUGUCAAAAUCAGACUCUGUCUUCUAACACGGACCCCACAACCCUGCUCCCCAAAGCUGAGAAGAAAGCUUUAGAUUUGAGCUUGGUUUCUUUGGAAGAAGAAGAGAAGGUGAAGGAAUGGCUUCAGGGUAACCAAGGUGUUGAAAUCAGCCCAUUACAGAAUAAAAUGGGUUACUUGCCACCUUCUGUUUGCAAUCUUAAGGCUUUAGGGAGGCUUCUUCUACAAAAGAGAACCUUGGAAGAGAAUGCUUUUAAACUUGUGCCAUCCAUGGAGGAUGAAGAGAUCAGCCUGUCUAGAAAGCAGGAGAUUCUCAAUAACCUUGUGGAUGAAAAGCUUAAGAAUAACACAGCAUAUCUACUGCUCAAACAACGUUUUCUCUCUGCGUUUACUUUUCCUGCUUUGUUAGCCUCCUUACCAACCAGUAAGGUAUUAGUGAAGGUUAAGCGUGAGGACAGCGAUGAAGACUCAGACGACUCUGAAGAUAGAGACAUGUGUGGAUUUGACAACAUUGAUAAGGAGGAAGAUUUUAUAGAGGCACAUUCAGAAGUGCCUGCUGUUUCUAGACAGGAAACUUUGCACAAUGAAGACCAACAAACUAAGACGAUCCAUCAGAGAACAGCUAUCAAGAGACAGACCCGUUCUAGCAAGCAGAUAUAACGACGGAAUCUCACCAAGCUACCUGGGACGUUUACUACAAUUUAAAGGGGCGGAAUUAUACUGCAACUUUAAAAAAAGAUAUGUUAACAUUUAUUUUUUUGGAGCCCAUAAUUGAUUUUUUGCAACAUCUGACAAGUAAAGCACUUACCACUAAACCAGCA